AUUUCUCUCUCCGCGGCGCAGCGGGCGAUAAAAGGGCAGACAUGCGAGAGGGGAGCGCACCUCUCCUGCUGAGGAGCGCUCGGCGCAGGGUGGGCGGAACCGCCGUGACACCUGCGUGCUCCUCACCCACGCUCAGCUCCCCUCGUCGGCCGCAGACGCAACAAUCCGCCUGCCGCCCGUGCGUAAAAGUCUGAGGAGGACGCGCGCCUUCCACCUCCCCCUCGCCGGAUGGCUUGAGUGCGCGCUCCGGACAGCUCCGAGAGCCGAAUGGUUCGGCUCCAAACUUGUCGGCAUGAUCGACUCCAACGUCAGCCUGAGCUGCGUACACUGUCCCGAGGGAGGAGCCGCCACCACGGUCAAGUACGAGGAGGUCUCCGGUUCCCUGCCGCCGCCCUCCCUCAGCCCCACCGGGCACCUGGUGGUGGCCGUGUGCCUGGGCUUCAUCGGCACCGUGGGGUUCCUCUGCAACUUUGUGGUGCUGGCCAUGUUCCUCCGGUACCGGGCCCUGCGCACGCCCAUGAACCUCCUCCUGGUGAGCAUCUCGGCCAGCGACCUGCUGGUGUGCGUGCUUGGGACACCCUUCAGCUUCGCGGCCAGCAUCCAGGGACGCUGGCUGAUCGGGCGGGCGGGCUGCGUCUGGUACGGCUUCGUUAACGCCUGUUUGGGCAUCGUGUCGCUCAUAUCCCUCGCCGUCCUGUCCUACGAGCGCUACUGCACCAUGAUGGUGCCCAACAUGGCCGACGGCAGAAACUUCCGCCCGGCGCUGGGCGGUAUCUGCUUCUCGUGGCUCUACUCGGCGGCGUGGACCGUGCCCCCACUGCUGGGCUGGAGCCGCUACGGCCCCGAGGGUCCGGGCACCACGUGCUCGGUGGACUGGCGCACGCAGACGGCCAACAACGUCUCCUACGUGGUGUGCCUGUUCGCCUUCUGCCUGCUGCUGCCGUUCGGGGUCAUCGUGUUCUCGUACGGCCGGCUGCUGUACGCCAUCAGACAGGUGCGCAGCACCAGUUCGGUUGUGACGCGGCGGCGGGAGCAGCGGGUGCUGGUGAUGGUGGUCACCAUGGUGCUGUGCUACCUGGUCUGCUGGUUGCCCUACGGCGUGGUGGCGCUGCUGGCGACCUUCGGCCCGCAAGACAUUCUCACCCCGGAGGCGACCAUCAUGCCGUCGCUGCUCGCCAAGUCGUCCACGGUGGUCAACCCCUUCCUCUACAUCUUCAUGAACAAACAGUUCUACCGCUGUUUCAGGGCCUUCCUGAGAUGCACCACCCCUGAGCGAGGAUCCACCCUCAAGACCUUUUCCAGGAUGACCAAAACCCAUCGCAUUGUCCGCCCAGAGAGGGACCCCCACGUGUCCGCCGCCGGCCCCUCCUCGGCCCAGCCCUCUCCGGACUCCAUCCACAGAUCCUGCAAUGGAGCUCAGAGGGCGUCAGCUCCACCGUUGGCCGCGUCCUCUGUAAACUGUCCCCUGCGCAAAGUGACUCUGGUUGCCCGCUACACGGAAUGACAGCACAAACUGGUUUGACUCUCGUUUCUACUCGGUGUAAGCACGUCCAUCGUCAUCAAGAGCACAAUUGUUCCUGUAAAGAUCUCCUGUUAGCUCAAAUGAAGGAUGAAAUGUAAUAAACUUAGUUGUUUUGGUGUCGUUUUUCUGGACAAUCCUCUUCAUCCAGGUCA